AUUGCUAUCGGACCGAACGUGCUACGGUUUGUUAUUAUUUUCUUUUGUGAAAAUAAUAAAAUAAAAUACUUAAAUAAAAUAGUUUAGGAUAUAUAGAAGCCUUAUCAGCAACGUGACAUGGCCACCAUAAUACCGAAAAGCCUUCCACUGGUCAGGACUGUUACUCCCGCACUGCAGUUCCUGCGCUUUCGUGGCAAAAUUAACAUACAACGGCCCAAGGAGCCGCACUAUGAGCGCGCUCGGGUGAUUGCAGUGACGCAGCCCAAGUACCCGGAGCCACCGAAGGCCGUGACUUGCUUUAGGACGCGGGCGCAGCGUACCCAGCAUCAGCUGGAUAACCCUUACAAUGAGAUCAUAGCGCGCGAAGUGCGCAACUGGCUGGAUCACUCCAAGCUGGUGGCCAUCUUUCACCUGAACUCUAUCACCGCGGACGAGGUCUUCCGUGUUCGAGUCCAGCUGUACAAACAGAACCUGCACCUCAAGUCCUACGGCCGCAAGAUCAUAGGCCAAGCCGUGGAGGGCACUCGCUACGAGGCCAUUCUGCCACUCUUCCACUCAAAUCACUGCAUCAUCUUUUCGCCGGACCAGCAGAAGAUCUCCGCCCUGCUGAAGAUCACGCGAAAAGUGCCGCAGAUGGUUCUGCUUGGCGGAAUCGUGGAGGAGACUAUGCUGAGCAGGAAUGAGCUCAUGGCCUACGCCCAAAUGCCUAGCUUGCAAGCGGCGCAGGCGCAACUAGUCCAAACCCUCAAUCAGGCAGCUGGGCACCUCGUGCAGCAGCUGCAGACGCAUCAGAACAACUUUGUACAAGUGCUCGAUGUCCAUGCCAAAGGUGAAAAUAAGAAAGAAUCCGCAGUGGACGAGACCCAAGAGAAAUUGUAGUAAACGCCAGGUUUUUGUUAAAUAACAAGAAAAGCUAAAUCGAA